AUGAGUUCUGACAAUAGUGAAUAAGAAAAAUAAAUGUAAGAAGAAAUAACAAAGGAACAAAAAAUUUUAGAUAAGGAAGAAAAUGGAGAUUAAAAUAAUCUAAAUGAUGAAGGCAGUCGUAACUAGGAAGAGGCUGAGGAAAUCACAAAGAUAUUGAAAGAAAGUUCAAGCAAAGUAAGUGAAAAGUAUUUAGAGAGCAGGCUUACAGAGGCUGUUGAAUGUUACAAGAAUAAAAACUUUGAUUAGGCUGAAAAUAUUUUCUCUGAUCUGAUGAUUUAUGCAGUUAAAUUUUAUAAAUCUGAAACCCAUGUGAAGAUGUCUAAAUACUUCUUUUUUUACGGAGAUAUGCUUCUUUCUAAACUUGAAAAUAAUCCAGAUGUCUUUGGAGAUAAAGCUUAAAAAAAAUUAGACAAUUAAACUACUGAAGAAGUUGAAAAAAAUCCUAAUUAAAUGGCAUCUGAAGAAGCUAGUGAAUAGAAAAUGGUUGCUUAAAAAGAAUAAAAAGAGGAGGAUGAAGAAGAAAACGAAGAAUCUUAGUCCUAAGGAGAAGAAGAAAUUGUUUAGCUAGACACAGUUAUUUUUAAAGAUGAAAAUGUAGAAAUUAGAGAUGAAACUAAUGCACCAUAAAAUAAUGAAGAAAAUUAAACUGAAGAAAACAAUCUACCAAUUGGUAAAGUGACUAUGGAAAAGUCAGAUCCUAUUGAUGAUUUAUAGUUAGCUUGGGAAAAUUUGGAAUUAAGUCGUAAGAUUUAUAAUUAAGAGUUGUUAUAAUUAUAAGAUAGCUAAGAUGAGGAUAGAAAAGAAAAAUAAAUUUAAGUCAAAAAAUAAAUAGUCGAAGUAACUUUAAGAAUUGCUGAUUUAGAAUAAUGGAGGGAUAAUUUCUCAGAUGCUUUAAAGGAAUACACUAUGGCUCUUUAGUUGUCAAAAGAAAUAGAAGAUAGGGAGUAUAGCAGAACUUUGAGCAGUAUUUUCUUUUAAUUAGGAAACGCUGUACUUUAUGAAAAUAAAGAAUAUUGUGAAGAAGAGGGUCUUAAAAAUUUUAUUGACAGUGCAUAAAUAUUAGAAAAUUGUCUUUCAAAAAAAAUAGCAAUUCCUCCUUAAGAACUUCCUAGCUUCAAAAUAUUAAAAAAAGACGAUAUUAAAGUCGACCAUUUAAAACACAGCUUUUUGGAUGAUGAUGAAUCAAAGGAAAUUAAAGAUACUCUAAAAGUUUUAUAUGAAAAAAUUGAAGACACCUUGAUACAAAGGGAUGAAAGAGAUAAGUACAAAGCUUACUAAGAACUUAUGAAAAAAUAAUCUCAAAAUUAAAAUCAAUUUGCCUAACCUUCAUAAAAUAGUGUUCCUAUCAAAAAUUUAGGUACAUUUGGAUCCUUAAAAAGAAAAGAACCUUCUUCUGAAAACAGCAAUUCUUAAAAUGGUUCUUCAACUACUAUGAAUAUCCCACCUUAAGAAUCAGGUAAUAGUCAACAAUCAUCUAAUGGUUCUCAUAUUAGUCCUGAUGGAAACCCAGAUAAAAUGCUCAAAAAGGAUUGA